AUGAAGAAGCAGAAUACCGCCGCCGCCGCCACCGGACGCGGGCGCCAGCAACCGGAGCUUUUUUGGCCGCGCAUCGUUGUGCGCAAGUUACUCAACAUCAACGCCAAGAACUCCGAUUACUCUGCCGAUUCUGACUCCGGCUCAGAUUCCGACCAAGAAAUUUGUGAUUGGCCGAGAGAAUCACGAUUUAAGAAGGAGAGAAGUGAUGAAGUUCAGAUCGAUGAUAAUGCUAUGCAUACUAUCCCAGAGGCUCUUCCCAGGCUAAGAAGACGAAAUUCAGAGACAUUUAGAGCUCAGUAUAUAAACAAUAAGAAAAUCAGAAUAUGUGCUGCCACAUGGAAUGUUGGUGGAAGAGUUCCUUCAGACGACCUAGAUCUUGAUGAUUGGUUAGAUAUUAAUGAUCCCGCCGACUUGUAUGUAAUUGGCCUUCAGGAGAUUAUACCAUUAAAUGCUGGAAACAUAUUUGGUACUGAAGAUAGUCGUCCAGUUUCGAAGUGGGAAAACAUAAUUCGUGAAAAUCUGAACAGAAUUCCACCAGUGACUAAGCUUAAAUGCUAUAGUGAUCCUCCAUCUCCAUCCAGGUUUAAGCCAUCUGAAGAUGCACCAGAUAUUGAAGAUGAAAUUUUACUUGAAUCAGGCAGUGAUUUAGAGGAGGAAAUCUACCCAUUAAAUGAAGAACCAAACAAUCUUGAUGAAAUCAAGGAUGGAAUGGUUGGAGGGGAAAAUUUCAUUGAUGCCGAUGCCUUGGUGUCCAAAGAGGAGCAACAACAAUUUGAUUCUCCAAAGAGACUCAAUCAAUUGAACUGCUUUAGAACAGAUGGUUCAGAAGAAAAUGGAGGACCCCAAACUACCCACUAUAUCAAUAAAUUAACCAAAACGCUUAGCAGCACAGAAAGGAUAGGUUUAAGCUGGCCGGAGCUACCACUAGAUCUUUUGUCUCAGCAUAGUUUUGAAAGAACAAAUUCCUUAACAUCUAUGAAAUCUUUCAAAGCUUACAAAUCUUUUAGAACAUAUAGUUCUUUUAAAUCAAAUGAGAAUAGUGAAAAUAGAAUGCGAUCUGAUAUAGAUUCACUUGCCGAAGUUGACCUUGAAUCCCUAAUAAAUCGUAAAAGAAGGCCCCCGUAUGUAAGGAUAGUAAGCAAGCAAAUGGUUGGAAUAUUUAUUACUAUAUGGGUCCGCAGGAGCUUGCGAAGGCAUAUACAACAUCUCAAUGUCUCUACUGUUGGUGUUGGCGUCAUGGGUUACAUAGGCAACAAGGGAUCAAUAUCAGUUAGUAUGUCUAUAUAUCAGACGCUCUUCUGUUUUGUUUGCACUCACCUAACGUCAGGUGAGAAAGAUGGGGAUGCAAUCAAAAGAAGUGCUUGUGCUCAUGAAAUACAUAGACGGACACGUUUCAAUUCACUCUCUGCUAUUGGACUUCCUAAGAGCAUAUAUGACCAUGAGAGAAUAAUCUGGCUGGGUGACUUAAAUUAUCGCAUCAAUUUGUCCUAUGAGAAAACAAGAGAGCUGAUCUCCAAAAAGGACUGGUCCAACUUAAUUAAGUAUGACCAGCUAAUCAGUGAGUUCAGAAAAGGUCGUGCAUUUGAUGGAUGGUCUGAAGGUACUUUGAACUUUGCACCAACUUACAAAUAUGAGACAAAUUCCAAGUCUUAUUUUGGAGAGGAUCCGAGGGCUGGGAGGCGAACUCCUGCAUGGUGUGAUCGUAUUCUUUCCUUUGGGACGGGCAUGAGAUUGCUAAGCUAUAAGAGGACUGAACUUAUGCUAUCUGAUCACCGACCUGUGAGUGCCUCUUUUACUGUGGAUGUUGAAGAAUUUUCUUCAAGGAAGUUGCAACGAGCACUCACACUCACUGAUGCCGAAGUUGAAGAAAGAGAUAUUGGAAUUUGUCAUGGAAUUAGCAUGUUAAGAUCAGAAGAGGAUGCAUCAUAUUGGGAGCGCUAA